AUGGAGGCGGGCACGCCAAAAACAGCACUGGAAGAAUUUGUGAAGCUUCUCUUAGAAAAUGGAGGGGAGCUGGAGCUAGGCCGUGCAGUAUUACUUCUUUCCGUACGCAACCGUAAAGUUGUUUCAGAUUUUGGCGCGUUAGAGUUCGUGAAAAGGUUUCCGCAACUAUUCAUGGUCAGCCAGACCAGACAAAAGAAGUCGAAAGUAAUGGUGAAGUUGGAUGUACCUCUACAGUUUUGUCUUCAAGCUGGAGAAACCGGUGGAUGUACUGAUAGACNUUUGCAAACCAUUUCUGAUGAAUACAAGAAAACAGAGAAAACAUUUCAAGAGACCAUGGAUGGAAGUCACAAAAUCAUCAGGAUUGAGCGAGUGCAGAACCCGGAUUUGUGGACUCAGUACACACAAAGAAAAAGCCGCAUGGCUAAGAAAUCUGGCAAAGAACCUGAGGAGCGGCGACUUUUCCACGGCACUAAGCCCGACACUGCUAAGGCCAUCUGCCAGCAAGGGUUUGACUGGCGAAUGUGUGGAAAACAUGGAACAACUUAUGGAAAGGGAAGUUAUUUUGCUUGUAACGCCAACUAUUCACACCGUUUCUCCAAUCACGGUGUUUCUCUAGGUCAUAAGCAAAUGUUCUUGGCUAGAGUAGUGGUGGGUUCUUACACUAGCGGUAACAGUUCCCUGACUCGACCUCCGCCCAAGGAUCCAUCUAAGCCAAAUGUGUUGCACGAUUCGUGCUGCGAUAACACAGCUAAUCCAGCAUUGUUUGUUAUCUUUGAAAACGGGCAGUCUUAUCCUGAGUUCUUGAUCACAUACCUCUGAUCUGGACCUUCUACUGCCAUACGGUACCAUACCUUACCGUACAAUAGCGUAACGUAACGUAUCAUACCGUAAAGUACUGUAACGCACCACUGUUACGUUACUUGUUUUGCAAUAUUUGAAGUUAUUUUCAUAUGUUUGUAAGAACUUUCACAUAGCCUACAAUUGUAGGUUUUCUUAGAUUUAGGUAGAAAUUUACCAAUUAUGAUAAGUUUAGAUAAUAUACCUAAGAGAACAACUCUUGGUUUAGGUUUUAGACAAUCCUUAAUAAAGGCCACUCUUUGCGUAACUUCAUUCCAACACAGGGAAAAGGCGUACUGAGUUGCGGGUUAUAUAGUAGGUGCAUUUUCCAGAGAAAAAAAAUAUUCAUGGCGUGUACUGCAACUCUGGUAUUGUAUUUGACACCGAUAAAUGAAGCAAAAUUGAAGAAAAACGUGCGACAGUACUUGAAAAGAAUUCGCGACA